UUGGAACUUGUAUUUGCGAUGUAUCAUACAGGAAAGGAUUGAAAAGUAUAGUGUUAGAAAGAUCGGAAACACUUCGAGCACAAGGGGGAGGAAUUGGGCUGUUGCCUAACGCAUGGCGAGCACUUGAUCAACUUGGUGUUGGGUCCCGGCUAAGAAGCAUGGCUGUUCUUCUGCAGGGGGGACGUGAUAUCUUGAUUGACGAAAAUAAAGAACAAAAGAUAGAACAUGUGACUGGAGAGUCACGUUGCUUGCAAAGGAGUGAUCUUAUCACAACGUUGGCUGACGAAUUACCGGUUGGGACAAUACGCCUUGGUUCUGAGGUUGUCUCCAUUGACCUUGACUCUGUUACUGAAACGCCACGCCUUCUGCUCACUUGUGGGAGCUACAUUGAUGCAGAGAUUGUGAUAGGGUGUGAAGGAGGGAGGUCAAAAGUGGCAGAGUUGCUAGGGUUGAAGGCGUCAAGGGCAUUUGAUGUUGGUGUAAUUAGGGGCCUAACAACCUACCCAAAUGCUCAUUCAAUGCCACAUGAAUUUCGCCGAAUUAGAAAAGGAGAAAUUGGGGUUGGAAUGCUUCCAAUUACUCAACAUUUGAUCCAUUGGUUUGUGGCCCUUCCAACGCACUUAUUAUCAGGAGAUAAGUUCCCAAAUGAUCCAAAACACAUCAAACAGAUGGCUCUAGAGUUAAUAAAGGACUUCCCUUCAAACAUACACGAAACAAUAGAAUUGUCGGACCUGGAUUCUAUGUCCGCUGCGCACUUGUGGUAUCGUGCACCAUGGGACUUGCUCCUUGGGACCAUGCGUAAAGGAACGGUUACUGUUGCGGGGGACGCAAUGCACAUAAUGGGCCCUUUCGUAGGGCAGGGCGGCGCCUCCGGGCUAGAAGACGCGGUGGUGCUGGGGAGAUGCCUCGGCAUGGCAAUGAGUGGGAUUGAAGGCAACAACAAGAAGGAAAAGAUCGCCAAAAUCGAAGCUGGGUUGGAUCAAUAUGUGAAGGAAAGGAGAAUGCGGGUUUUGGGAUUGUCCACUAUCACUUAUCUCAUUGGUAUCAUUGUGGGGAGCACAUCCCCACUCGUAAAGAUGGUUGCUGGCUUUACCUUAGCUAUUCUGUUUAGGGAUAAAGCAUCCCAUGUUCAUUUUGAUUGUGGUAAGCUCUAAUGGGUAUAUCUUGCCCCGAAUAUAGCCUAUUAAAUCAAUAAGUUAAGCUCGUGCGAGCUUAAUGCAUAUAUCUUAAUGGAUGGACUAGAUGUACUACAAUAUAAUAUUAUAAAAUUAAUACCAUGACAUGUAUUAAGGUUUGAUAAAAGUCUAGGUAGGUGUCUUGUUAAAGGAUUGUACAUCAAUCUUGAGAGGUGGCUUGGUUCCCAUAUUUUGAGUUGAUUAACUAGUUGUGUUAUGUUGUGUUUCAAGCAUGUUUUAUUAGUUAUUAGAUUGCGUAUCGUAGCAUUAUAGUUUUGUACUUUCCACUUUCUCAUAUCAAUAAUAAUUUUUACCUUUAUA